GGCGCCGUCAUUCUAGCCAGUCGCGAUACAAAGUUCAUAGAGACAGCUCGUGUAAUUCAUAUAUUUAUCAGGAAUCAAAAAUUCCAUUUCCUUAGUCGAGCUAAGCUAGCCUCUAAGCCAACAUCGCGACGAGGUCGAAUAUAGAAGGAAAAAGAUCGACGCGCGUUCGAUUUACGUUUUUUCUCCUAUCGUUGGUCGUUCAUAUCAGCAACCACGAAGCUGCUCGAGGGCUCCACUACCGAGUGCGAGGUUGGGAGGGCCAUGAAGACGUCCACGUUAUGCAGUGACUUGAUCAAACAGGAGAUACGAGAUGCCUGCAAGGAUCUCGUCCUAUCAGAUGACCAGCUCCGGCUGGUCAUGCAGAAGCUCACCGACGAGAUCGACAAGGGUCUGUCGAGGGAAACUCACGACGACGCGAUCGUCAAAUGCUUCACCACCUAUGUGCAAGAUCUGCCGAAUGGCACAGAAAAGGGCAACUUCCUGGCGUUGGAUCUGGGCGGUACGAAUUUUAGAGUGUUGAUAAUCACAUUGGACCGUCAGAAUUUCGAUAUGAAAAGCAAGAUCUACGCGAUACCCCAGAGUUUGAUGCUGGGAACCGGUACUCAGCUGUUCGAUCACAUUGCUCAGUGUUUGGCGUUAUUCGUAAAGGACCUGAACUUGCAGAACGAGGUACUACCAUUAGGCUUCACCUUCAGUUUUCCCCUGUCUCAAUACGGAUUGACGGAAGGCCACCUGGUGAGGUGGACCAAGGGCUUCAAUUGUAGCGGCGUAAUCGGUGAAGAUGUCGUUGCCCUUCUCGAAGACGCAAUUAGUAGAAGAAAAGACGUUAAAAUCGAUGUAUGUGCGAUCUUAAACGACACCACCGGCACUUUAAUGUCAUGUGCUUGGAAAAAUCGAAAUUGUCGAAUCGGUUUAAUCGUCGGUACUGGAAGCAACGCCUGCUACGUCGAAAAAACAAAAAACGUACAAUGUGCGAUUCCAGGCAACUAUAGCCCAGGCAAGCCUGAUAUGCUCAUAAACACAGAAUGGGGCGCAUUUGGCGAACAAGGUGUGCUAGAUUUUGUGAUAACCGAAUUUGAUCGUGCCAUAGAUGAAAAUUCUAUCAAUCCCAAUAAGCAGCUGUUUGAGAAAAUGAUCUCGGGCAUGUAUAUGGGUGAACUAACGAGGCUGGUUCUUGAGAAGUUGGUGAACGCCGGCCUUCUCUUUGGUGGCAAAUGUCCCAAUGAUCUCAGAAAACGCGGCAAAUUUUUCACGAAAUACGUCUCGGAGAUCGAAAACGAUCCUAAAGGUAGAUAUACAAAUUGCCGGGAUGUAUUAGCCGAGCUAGGAAUGCGGAAUGUGAGUGAUCAAGAUUGUGAGAAUGUGAGAUAUGUGUGCUCGGUGGUGUCGAGGAGAGCUGCGCAUCUGGUGAGCGCGGGAAUAGCAGCGUUGCUAAACAAAAUAGAGGAGAAUAAUGUCACAGUGGGCAUUGACGGAUCGGUAUACCGAUUCCACCCACACUUCCACGAUCUCAUGACAGCGAAAAUCAGCGAACUUCAAAACUACAAGUUUGACUUGAUGCUCUCGGAGGAUGGUAGCGGCCGCGGCGCUGCCCUAGUCGCUGCAGUGGCGUCGCAGAGGCGGUGAAGACGCGGUUGUCGGUAGCGAGUUAGCUGCAAUUCAAUUAUGUGUAAUAUAAAAUCGAACGACGGUAUGAGAGAGCUGACUAGAGUGAACGAGUGAACGGAAGUGAAAGCGAUCGAGUAUGGAAAAGAAAUUUGGUAUCUUUUUUUCUUUUGUUCGUUUCAGCUGCACUUUUUACACUCGCUGUCUUCUUCCUUCUUUUAAGACCGUUUUAAAUCAUUCUUCAGGCUUCUUCAAAGCCUGGAUAGUUUAGUUAGACAGUUAGAAAAAGGAUCCAUAUAGAUGUAAUCAAGUAUCGAAAAUUAGAUUAUGAGUUCGUUUUUGAUAAAAGAAA